AUGGAAACCAUCAAAUUAAGCAACGGUGGUUCGCUACCCGCUCUUGGUCUUGGGACAUGGAAAAGCAAACCAGAUAAGGUCACCUAUGCCGUAGAAAUGGCGAUAAAAGCUGGAUACAGACACAUUGACUGCGCAGCGGUUUAUGGCAAUGAAAAAGAGGUCGGACAGGCUUUAAAGUCUUGUAUCGGAAAAACGGUACAGAAAUGUUAUGGACUGAUUCUCUCUGAUUCUCUCUGACCCUCAGUCAGUAAAGUCGAGCGAAAGAGCGGGCUGGGAAAGCGACAAACUUACAAAAUAUCGCAAAAAAAAUGUUAAAAGUUUUUGCAGAACUUUUAUCCGGUCUAGAUUUGCCUAUUAUGUUUACAUAGCUUCUUUCACCGCAAAAGGACGUGCUUGUGCCUACCAAGGAGCGAUAAUAUGCAUACUGAUGUUGAGUACGAAGGGUUAAUUAAACCCUCAGCAUUUCUUGUUGCUUCCCUGACUGUUCGCUGGUGCAGUUAGUUCUGGGUUCAGAAAAAUACGGUGAGCGAUGAAAUACUUGGCUUAGAACGCAACACAACAAUGCAGCCAGAUCUUGAAGCCAGACUUCUUCAGCUGAAUUGGAUCUCCUUCACAAAGGACAGGGAUUCAUUUCUUUCCUUGUUUUGUAGGUGAAUAGGAAAGAUUUGUUCAUCACAUCUAAGUUAUGGAACACAAAGCACAACCCUACUGAUGUGCAUUCUGCUGCAGAGCAAACUCACUUAGGACUCAAUUAUCUUGACUUGUAUCUUAUAAAGUGGCCUGUAUCCUUUAAGGAUGGUGAUGUCAGUUUUCCAAAGGAUGAUGAUGGAAAUAUUAUUUAUGCAUACCAUGAUCCAUGUGAUACUUGCAAAGCAAUGGAAACACUUGUGGAUGAUGGUCUUUUCAAAGCAAUUGGUAAAGACUACUUUCAUGGGAUUUCUAACAGAUGUAAUUAUACAAAUCUCUGAGAUUUCAGAAAUAAAUUGGCUCUUAUUGUUGAAGCCUUAAUCUCAGUUUUUGUGAGGUGAAUGGGUAAAGGUCAAAGGUAAAAUUCUGAAAAUGGGUAAGUGGCUAAAGCUUGGUUCAGACGUCAUACUUCAGCCAUGCCAAACUUAAUUGCAAUUAGGAAAUAAUUUAUUAAUUUUGUUUGGCUUGGUAGAGGAAUGAUGUUUGAAUUGCUGUUGUGUCAGAGUUGUGCAGCUCUCUCAGUCACGGAGCAGAGCCUCAUGAACUUAAUUCUUUACCUAACUAAAUUAAAAAGUUUAACUCAAAUGCUGUGCUUCAGCCUUGCUUUUCUUGAACUUAAGCACUGAAUGAAGUGUGUCAUAGCAGCUGCAUGGUGUCUGAACGAGACCUCAUUUUGCUAGCAGAGCCUGAUUUCUAUAACCUAAAGCUACCAGCACAACAAAGGUUUCACUUCACCCCAUCCCCCUGCAUUUGAUCAGGUUUCCCUCAUAGGUGGCAGAAGGUACCCAUUUAUGCUCCUGUGUGGAGAGAAGUACUGUAUCACAAAGCUGCCAGUACAUCACAGGGUUUACACCACCCUACUUCCCUGCAUUUCAUCAGGUUUCCCUGAUAGGUGGCUGUAGGUACCCAUUUAUACUCCUGGGUGGAAAGAGGCACUGUUUCGCAAAGCUACCAGUACAUCACAGGGUUCACCCAACCCCCCCUCUAUUUUAGAUCUCUUGACCAGUUGCCUAGAUCACUAAGCAUCAGGCUAAUGUGUUUUCCUUGAUAGAGCUUGAGUACCAUGCAAGUUGUUUCCAUCUUUAUCAGUUUGCCAGUUUUUUUAUUUAUUUAUUUCAUUUUUUUUGGUUACUUUAUUAAAUUUCAACAGCAAACAAGUGGAUGAUAUCCUAUCUAAAAGCAGAAUAAAACCUGCUGUUCUCCAGGUCGAAUGUCAUCCUUACUUCAAUCAAGCUCAGCUCAUAGAACAUUGCAGGAAAAGAGACAUUGUUGGUGUGUUUAAACAUUCAACCCUGAACAACUCUUCCUGAGGGAAACAGUUCAUUUGUGUCUUAAGGCAGAGUAUCUAAGACAUUACAGGAAGCAAUGAGAAAACAGAUUAAAACUUCUUUAUAUAUUACAUUUGCACAUUAGAAUGCAAAAUACCAGAAUGUUAUAAAUGUCAUACCACCUGCUGUUGUGUUCUGUAUGCAGUGACAACAGUUGUCAGUCAAGGUUUGUGGGUUACAGUGCACUGUUACCUCUGUUGUCUUAGAGUUUGCAAGAUGUGUGAUAGGAAACAAGUCUCAUUGUUGGAUGUUAUAUGACCCUUAAGUUGACCAAUGAGAGCAUGUGUUGCUAGCUAUAUAGGCUGUAUAAUUAUCGCUUAUAAACCACUUCACUACAAUUGACAGUUUCUCUUUACUCAUACUUUCUGUUUGUAGAUUGGAAUUAAGGUCAAUCAAUUUAUUCAAUAAUUUUGUCAUUAACACAGUGACAGCAUACAGUCCACUUGGAUCCCCUGGGCACCCACAGGCUAAACAGGAAGACUGGAGUCUACUGCAUGACCCAAAGAUAGAGGAAAUUGCCAACGAAUAUGGAAAGUCUCCUGCUCAAGUCUGUAUUCACUUUCAGAUACAGAGGGGUGUCUCUGUUAUACCUAAAAGUGUCACACCUGCCCACAUUCAGAGCAACUUUGAAGUAAGCUUUCAAUAUAUCAAGAUUAUGUGGGAUUGUUUACACAAUCAAUAGGCCACACUUUCUUUUGGUUCAGCAGUGUAAGAGGUCAGGCAAGAUCUUAAGACAAUAUGGGAAAAGUUUAUAAAUGCACACCUGUGGCUCAUGAUUUACAAACUUAUUAAGUGUUAUACUUGCACUGCAAGGGAGUUAUUGCUCCUGCAGGAAAACUUUUUAGACAGUGUGAUCUGUUGCUUUCAUGAAACAGCUUUAUAUGGGUUUAUUGGGUGAAAGGGCUGUAGCUUAUUGACCAAUCAGAGAGUGCAUGAUAAUUCACUUCUUUUGGAUUGUCAGCAUAGACCAAAACCUGUGUCAGUUUAUUGUUUGUUAGCAGCUUCCACAGUGUCAAUAUCACAAAUGACCCUGCAUGGGUAAUUACCAGUAAAUAAGUGAAUAGAUGUCAAAACUGAUCUAAAGAAAUAUGAAAUAAAAAAACGUAUUUAGCAAAAGUAGAGGAGGAAUGCUACACAUUAUAUUUGUCAAUCAAGAUAUGUAUUGCCACCCACACAUGGUUCUUCUUCACGUUUUGGUUUGAAUCAAGCUGAUGGUUUUUAUCUUUGCAAAUUGGCUUGGUACUCAUUGAAACAAACAAUAUUUUAGCAAUUAUGAGCAAAAGGUAACAACAUAACAUUCCCUAAACAUAUGCAGGUUUUUUAUUUCACACUCUCUGAUGACGACAUGAGGCUUGUUGAAUCCAUCAACAAAUCUUGGAGAGUUCUUAUUCCCAUGAAAGAAGUAAGUGGUACUGUCCCCUCCUUACCGACUCUGUCCUCUCUUUCCAACCUCUCCCUCCCACUUUUUUUUCUGUUUAUUGUUUGUUAGCAGCUUCCACAGUGUCAAUAUCACAAAUGACCCUGCAUGGGUAAUUACCAGUAAAUAAGUGAAUAGAUGUCAAAACUGAUCUAAAGAAUUAUGAAAUAAAAAAAACAUGUAUUUAGUAAAAGUAGAGGAGGAAUGCUACACAUUAUAUUUGUCAAUCAAGAUAUGUAUUGCCACCCACACAUGGUUCUUCCUCAUCUGCAUAUGUAUUGCCACCCACACAUGGUUCUUCUUCAUCUGCAAUUAUGAGCAAAAGGUAACAACAUAACAUUCCCUAAACAUAUGCAGGUUUUUGAUUUCACACUCUCUGAUGACGACAUGAGGCUUGUUGAAUCAAUCAACAAAUCUUGGAGAGUUCUUAUUCCCAUGAAAGAAGUAGUACUGUCCCCUCCUUACCGACUCUGUCCUCUCUUUCCAACCUCUCCCUCCCACUUCUUUCUCUGUUUACUCAAUCACCCACUCACUCUCUGACCUUGCCUGUUCUUCAGAGACAGCAAAGCAUUCUUAAACUUGGUUGGCUCAUCCUGCACCAUGCCAAACCUUAGGUCAUACUUUUACUCUGAAGCUUCCCUUAAUGGCUGUGGCAUGGUUUGUCGGCUCAUACCACCCCUUGGCAUUCUUAUUAGUGUCCACUGAUUUCCCCCCAAGGGCUCUGAAAUAUUCUUAUUGACCUCCCCCCCCCCUUAAAAUAAUAUAUCGGUAUCCGGUAUGGAUAUACAUAAAUAGAUAAAUAAAUAAAUAAAUAAAAAAGCUUCAUCCCUCCCUCGGCAAUAAAUAACAACUAGUGCCCUAAAUGAGAGAAUUUCUCUCGCCCGAUAUUUUUCUUUAUUCUUAUCAUGUGUCUGCCCCAUGAGAUAUUGAUACUGUAUCUUAAUCACUACUAGGAUUGAAAGAACUAACAGGCUAUAUGGCUGGAAGAGAAAAUUGCACGCUAGAGGCUUUUUUCAAGAGUUAACCUUUUUUCUUUUUCACCUUUCUUUCUUUUCAGGUUGAUGGUAAGAAAGUCCCUCGAGAUAGUGCUCAUCCUCAUUAUCCCUUCAACAUUCCAUUUUAA